GUUCAACACUCUUUAACACAGCGCUUCACAACAGCCAGUGGCUUAGUUUCAUGGUAGCUUGAAAUCCACUCUUCAAAAACCAGAUAGCUAACACCAUACACUCUUAAUCUCCCUCUCUCUACUUCUCUCGCCAGCUUGCUUAUUUUCAAACAUGGCUAGCCUGGGAGCUGAGACUACUGCUGCUACUACUCAUGCUGACCAACGUCCCAAAACCCUUGCAGAUUUUGAUCCUCCCCAGAAACCCAAACGCAACAAGUUUGCUUUCGCUUGCGCCAUUCUAGCUUCCAUGACUUCCAUCUUGCUCGGCUAUGAUACUGGAGUAAUGAGUGGGGCGGCAAUCUAUAUAAAAAAGGACCUCAAAAUUAGCGACGUGAAAGUCGAGCUUCUGGUGGGGACCAUCAACCUUUACUCACUGUUUGGUGCGGCGGCGGCCGGCAGAACCUCCGACUGGAUCGGGCGGCGCUACACCAUCGUACUAGCGGGAGCCAUAUUCUUUAUAGGAGCUCUGGUGAUGGGUUUCGCCACAAACUAUGCGUUCCUAAUGGUGGGUCGUUUUGUUGCUGGAAUUGGCGUCGGUUAUGCUCUCAUGAUUGCUCCUGUUUACACUUCCGAACUCUCGCCCGCUGCCUCUCGUGGUUUCCUCAGUUCUUUCCCUGAGGUGUUCAUUAAUGGAGGGGUAUUACUGGGAUACGUUUCAAACUACGCAUUCUCGAAGCUGUCACUUCAAUUGGGAUGGCGAAUGAUGCUUGGCAUCAGCGCCGUCCCCUCCGUGCUGCUGGCCGUCGGCGUCUUAGCCAUGCCUGAGUCACCUCGUUGGCUGGUCAUGCAAGGUCGACUCAGAGACGCCAGGAAAGUCCUCGACAAAACCUCCAACUCCAAAGACGAAGCCGCCUUAAGACUCGCCGAUAUUAAAGAAGCUGCUGGCAUUCCCCAAGAAUGCAACGACGACGUCGUUCGGGUUGAGAAACGUAGCCACGGUGAGGGUGUAUGGAGAGAGCUCUUCCUUCAUCCUACACCGACGGUUCGUCACAUUUUAAUCUGCGCCAUUGGUAUUCAUUUCUUUCAGCAGGCGUCGGGUAUAGACGCCGUCGUUUUGUACAGUCCCAGGAUCUUCGAAAAAGCCGGGAUUAAAUCUGAUAACGACAAGUUACUCGCAACUGUAGGCGUCGGAUUUACCAAGACUAUUUUCAUCUUAGUGGCUACGUUUUUGCUUGACAGAAUCGGACGGCGGCCGUUGAUUUUGAGUAGUAUGGGGGGUAUGAUCCUGUCCCUUGCCAUCCUCGCAUCCUCUUUAACGGUCAUCAGUCACUCCGACGUAAAGUUACCAUGGGCUGUUGGAUUAGCCAUCACGACGGUGAUAUCUUUCGUCGCGUUCUUCUCGAUGGGGAUGGGGCCCAUCGCGUGGGUCUACAGCUCCGAGAUCUUCCCGUUGAGGCUACGAGCUCAGGGAGCGAGUAUGGGAGUUGCAAUGAAUAGGUUUGUAAGUGGGAUCAUGGGAACGACUUUCUUAUCCCUUUACAAGGCCAUGACAAUAGGCGGAGCUUUCUUCCUUUUCACGGGAAUCGCAAUGGUGUCCUGGGUGUUCUUUUAUACGCUGUACCCGGAAACACAGGGUAAAACCCUCGAAGAGAUGGAUGUCCUUUUUGGUAACUUAAAUUGGUUGAGGGACUCCAAGCGCAAUAUGAGAAACAGUCAACUUAAUGGCGACGGUAACGGAAAUCGUGACGAUUCCAGUAACGUUCAGUCAGGGGUGGUGUCUAAGCCCGUGAGUAACUAGAAGGUAACAUGGAAAACAAUAAUGUUAUAUCCAUAAUCUUCUCUUACAAUCCUCAACGUAGCAGUUCGUUAUUGGUUAGUUUGCAAAUGAGCAGGUAAGAUCCAUACAAGUAGACAAGACUUAUUUUACAAGUUGACCAAUGACAAAUUACCAUGUCGGGAGUUGUGAGAUUAAAUUAUCGAUCCGGCAUUACUCGUUAGUAAAUAUGAUGAUGUUUUAAAUAUUUUAGUUUAGCUUUCUGAAAGGAUAGUGAUGUUUGAUUGAGAGGGUUGAACGAAGAGAAGAAAAAAAAGGACAAACCCUUAUGCAAUAAUGCAAUGAAAUAGAUAAUAUUCUAUCUAUAAUAUUUCUUUUUUGUCA